GCCAUUCAGUGAGUUUCGCAUUGAUUGGCACUUCAUCGUUUUUCCGUGAAGUAGGUUUCGUUCUUUUGAGUUGUUGCAGCCACUCAAUUCUCAAAGUUGAAAGGGGUUUCUCCUCCAUCCAAAGUUCAUGGAAUCUGAGAUUGGAUCUAUUAUUCCCGGCUUGCCGGAUGACUUGGGUUUGAGAUGUUUGGCGAAGAUGUCACAUGGGUACCAUGGGCUGCUUGAAACUGUGUCGAAAAGGUGGAGAGAUUUGAUCCACAGCUCUGACUAUGCCGCCUUUAAAGCGAGAGAAGGAUGGUGCGGAGAUUGGCUAUUUGUUCUUACUGAUGGCUCUAGCACUGAGUGGGUUGCCUAUGAUCCCCAAGCUGAUACAUGGCAUCCUCUGCCCAAGAUUUCCACCGCCCAUCCUGAGUGUGAGCACUUUGGGUUUUCGUGUGUAUGUGUUUGCAGUCGGUUGUUGGUGAUUGGUGGGUCUUAUAAGCCGCUCGAGCCUGAAUUUCCCAAUCAAAGGCCUUUCAUAUCAAAUGAUGUGAUGCAGUUCGAUCCAUACAAAAAACAGUGGACUAGCAUAGCAAGUAUGCGAACGCCUCGGUCGCAUUUCGCAUGCAGUGUUAUCGGUGGUAAGGUUUAUGUAGCUGGAGGACGCAACUCAUCUUGCACCAGAGGGCUUGCUCUUGCUGAGGUUUAUGAUCCCUUGACAGACAAGUGGGAGGAACUGCCGCCAAUGCCCAAUCCACUGAUGGACUGCUUAGGCUUAUCAUAUAAAGGCAAAUUUCAUGUGCUGAGUGACCAGGUGGGCCUGCCACACCAAACAACCUCUGAGGUUUUCAGUCCAUUGGAUGGAACAUGGUGCACUGUGGAAGACGUCUGGCCUUUCUCAAGGGCAAUGCAGUUUGCAGUUCAGGUGAUAGGGGAUGAUCGUGUAUAUACUGCUGUAGAUUGGGGUGAGAGCUUAAUUAAAACAAGGGAUGGGGAAAAAGGGGACUGGCACGAUGUAGGUUCAGUUCCUUCAGUGGUUCUUCCUGGCCACUCCCGCCCAUUGGAGGCCUUUGGUUAUGGGUUUGCCACAUUAAGAUGUGAAUUAUAUAUUCUGGGAGGGAAGGCUCUCAAGUGGGAGGAAUCACCAGGACCUGGGAGGUUUGACAUUGUAAAGUUGGGUUUGGCAAGGGUUUGUGACCCUUCAGUCAGGCCAUUAAGAUGGAGGGAAACUAGACCCAUGUGUCUGUCAGCACGUGGCUCUAUCAUAGGAUGUGCAUCCAUGGAAGAGAAAUCUUCAUUUUGCUCAAGGUAAUGUAAUGUAAUCUUUGAUGGCGAACUCAACUAAAGUUAACAAAGCCUUAAUGGUGGUUUUGUUGAUUGUUGUGCAAAACCCUGUAUAAUCUUCAAUGGGGAGUCUCCAAGAGUCAUCUAUGCCAUUCAUUGGGUUUGCCUUCAUGUGACUGGAGAGACUUCAAUGUUCAACUCUUUCAUUAUUUUUUUUAGCUGGGGGGUGUUGUAUUGGGCGUUACAUGAUAUGGGAUGAUUUAAUUUCAAUUUGUAUUUCUGAAUGUGAGCCUCUUCUGUUGGUUUUUUGUUGUU